AUUAGAAAUAUAAAUCGAAAGUAAUCAAGUUUUAUAUUAAAAUAUUUAUUUAAAAUUAAAAAAUUUUCUUUCGAGUAUUUAUCUAUCUUAGCCAUAGCACAUAAUAGACGUAGAGAUGCUUAUCAACUAUAAAUUUUAUGCACAAUUUUUCAUUAUGAUUAUUAUUUUAUAUUGCUCUCAUGGGUUGGCAAUUGAUAAGUCAACGACUAAUGAUGAUGAAGAACGCAUGCAUCCGUUGUUUAAUUUCAAAGCGACACCACAAUUAGCACGUUUGGAAAAACGUGCUUUGCCUAUGUUAAAAUUUGAAUAUUCGAAAAAUCGCGAACUAGAUUCCAAUCAUUGGCGGGAAUUGGGUCAAAGUAUAUUAGAGAGACAAUUGAAAAGUAAAUCAACGUUGAACACUAACUUGGCUAAGAAUGUGAUCAUGUUUUUGGGUGACGGUAUGUCUAUACCAACGUUGACCGCAGGACGGGUAUAUAUGGGCGGGGAAGAGAAACAAUUUUCCUUUGAAGAGUUUCCUUACAUGGGCCUUAGCAAGACUUAUUGCGUUAAUACUCAGGUGGCUGAUUCGGCAUGCACCGCCACCGCCUAUUUGGCCGGUAUUAAAGCUAAUUAUGCUACUAUAGGAUUAACAGCUGACGUAUCACUCUAUGACUGUGCCGGUCAAAACGAUACAGCCCAUCAUGUCUCUUCUCUGGCGGCUUGGGCUCAAGCUCAAGGAAUGGCUACUGGGCUUAUUACUAAUACACGCAUAACACACGCCUCCCCUGCCGGAAUUUUUGCUCAUAUCGCCAAUCGAAAUUGGGAGGAUGAUGAGCAGGUUUUAAAGGACAAUGGUGAUCCCAACGUUUGUCCCGACAUAGCCCAUCAAAUGAUUUAUAGUGCGGUUGGCCAAAAAUUAAAUGUCAUUUUGGGUGGUGGGCGUAAACAUUUUCUACCAAAAUUAAAAAAUAACGGCAGUCGCUUAGAUGGCCGCAAUCUUAUACAAGAGUGGAAAUCGUUACACGGUUCGACAGCUCAGUACGUUGAAACUCGCGAAGAACUUUUCAAUUUAUCCAAGUCGACCGACAAGAUUCUGGGUCUUUUUGCUAUGGAUCACUUACCGUAUCAUUUAGAUAGUGACGCAACAGUUACCCCCUCUUUAGAUGAAAUGCUUCAAAUAGCUUUGGAUAUAUUGAACUCUCAGAGCCAGGGUAAAGGCUAUUUCCUAUUUGUGGAAGGUGGCCGCAUAGAUCAUGCGCAUCAUGAUUCUUUAGCCAUGAAAGCGCUCGACGAAACAGUCGAAUUCGACAAAGCCGUACAAUUAGCACAAUUGCAAACCAACACUGACGACACUUUAAUAGUCGUCACGUCAGAUCAUUCGCAUACGAUGUCUGUAGCAGGAUAUUCCAGUCGUAAAAACGAUAUCGUUGGCAUUAAUAAUAGUCAAAUGGGUUUGGAUGGUUUACCAUAUGCUACGCUAAGCUAUGCCAAUGGACCUGGUUACACCAAUAACCUAUUGACCCAGUCAACUGGUUUUCAACGUAAAAAUCUUCAGCAAGUUAAUAUGGACGAUAAAGACUAUCAAUUUCCCUCGGCCGUGCCUUUAGAAUCAGAGACACACGGUGGCGAUGACGUUGGCGUAUUUGCCAAAGGACCUUUUGCUCAUCUCUUCACCGGUGUUUAUGAACAAAACUUUAUACCACACGCUAUAGCUUAUGCCUCUUGCUUGGGAUCUCAAAAGACCGCUUGUUCAGAUGGUUUGCACUCGCGUAGAUAAUUAAAAAUUUACAAACUAUGCAUGGUAGGGUAAAUGCAAAAUCGAAAGUACAAAGGACCUACCAGGAUACUGUAUGAAUGCAGUAAUUAUUUCCUGAGCAGGGACAACAAAGCAAUAUUAUUUAUCUUAGCUUAGUUAUAUUAAUUUUUAUACCAAUCAAAUAGGAUUAUAUUACAUUUUAGAAACUCGUGUAUAUAGUUCAACAAUAACUGAAAAAUGUAUCUGGAUCGUUGAAGUUGAUGCAAAUGUUUAGUUUUAUAUUUAACUUCUUAAUUAGGUUCCUUAAUAAAAACUGUUGCUAAAGACCUGACAAUCUUAUGCCUUUAGCAACGAUUAAACAAU